UUGUUUCCUGAAAUGUUCUGAACUGUCGUUGUUGUUGUUGUUGUUGUUGUCUCCCAGGUAUCAUGCUCCUUCUGUUGUGCUUCUUUGCCUUUAUGCACUGCUGGCUAAACCUCUUUGGGGAGCUGCUGCAUUUUGCUGACAGGAUGUUCUACAAGGACUGGUGGAAUUCCACGUCAUUUGCCAACUAUUACCGUACAUGGAAUAUUGUAGUUCACGACUGGCUGUACUAUUAUGGAUACAGAGACUUCCUCUGGCUGUCGAACAGGAGAUUCCGCGCAGCUGCCAUGCUUUCCGUCUUCAUCGUCUCCGCAGUCGUCCAUGAAUACGCCCUGGCCAUGGGCUUCGGAUUCUUCUACCCCGUCAUGUUCUGCCUUUUUGCAGUUUUUGGAGUGGUUUUUAAUUUCACUCUGAACGACAAACGUCAGAGCCCCGUGUUCAACAUCAUCAUGUGGACGUGUCUUUUCGUCGGCCAGGGCAUCCAGGUGUGUCUGUACUGCCAGGAGUGGUACGCUCAGAUACACUGUCCGCGGAAAGAGAAUAGCUUUUGGGAGCUGGUGACGCCUCGGUCCUGGUCCUGCACCUAUCAGAGAUGAAGCUGCUGUUCUCGCAAGAUGGCGGAAGGAGAUGGAGAUACAUGCAGUAAACAGACACUAAUGGACAAACAAGAAAACUAAUUUUUUUUUUUCCAUCGUAUGUUUCAAUCAUUCCGGGUCAAGAUGUGAGUCUGUAGUCUCGACCUCCAUGGAGGGGGUAUGUUUGUUCGUCAUAUGUCUAUACGUGAGAGAUCUUUCUGUUAUUUGGUCCCAGAUCCAUUACAGGAUAUUGAAAAAGCGGUUGUUGACUUUGGGAGAUAAGGGUGUGUGGGAAAACACAGUGACCUUGGCCGAGGCUCCUACUGUCUGUAUGUAUUGUGAUUCAACGUAUAGACAUAUAGACAUAUGUUUACUAAAACAUUUGUGUUGUAGAUUUGUGUGUUCUGUGAUAAAUGUGUUAAUUUAUUCGAGCAAUGUAUAAAUGUGUGCUGUAAGUGAUAUAAAUGUUUUGACCUAUAAA